AUGAUUAAUUCUCUAUGUGGAAGCUUGGGUUCUAUCAAGAGUGAAGGCUCAUGCAUCAAGUUGCAAAAUCCCUCGUCACCAAACGACGACGUUCUAUCCGAUCAGAGUACUACUAACAAGAAACCAGCAGCUUUAUCUUCUGAUCAUCUUGAUCAUCAGCAAACCAGUAGCUUAACCCCACCGUGUCUCAAUUUUCCAUCUCUCAAAUUCGAUCUCGACGGCGACGUGGAACCAGAAAACUCCUUCUGGGAAACCUUCCUCUCCGAGCAUUUAGACUCCGACUUCAUGAUCUUAUCUCCGGUGAGGAACUUGCCACCGCCGGCAUCACCACAAGCAUCAACCUAUAAUUUUAACUACGUUCAUGCAAUGCAAGGACAGAGUCUUUCCGGCUGUUCUCCUCCUCGGUUUUCGUCUCAAGUCGGAGCUCUUACCAGCCAGAGGCCGUCGGGGAAGGCCGCCGGAAUGUCGUCGCCGCUGCAGAAAGUUUUCAACUCGCCGAACAACCAGUUCAUGCAGAUUGAGAGCUUGUCGCUUCCAGCUAUCGGCGAGUUCUUAGAUGAUUAUAAUCAUUACUCCACGACCGGCAUGGCCACGACUUCGGACAAGCUUUACGAGAUGCCGGACAUGGAGGCGGCGGGGGCGGUUGAUGGGAUUAAUGGAACUGGUGAUAUGGGUUCGUCGAGGUUUUGUGGGUUGGUGGGGACGAAGACGACUGAGCAGGGAGGUUUGUGUUCUUCUUCUUCAAUGGCGGGAGCACAAGAAGGUGAGAUUUAUCAGGCGGGGCCGAGUUCUAAUGGUCCCCCAUUCAUGACUCAACAGCAGCAGCAAGUAGGGCAGCAAAUCAGACCGCCACCGCCGCCGGCUGAGCAACACCAGAGUUUGAAUCAUAGUUCAGUGAUGCCUCUUCCAAUCGGUUCUGAUCAAGAGCAAGACAGUGGACUGCAAUUGGUGCACCUUCUUCUCUAUUGUGCAGAAGCAGUAGCUAAAGAAGACUACAUGUCUGCAAGAAGAUACCUUCACCAUCUCAACAGAGUAGUGAGUCCACUCGGUGACUCAAUGCAACGAGUCGCCUCGUGCUUCACCGAAGCUCUAAGCGCUCGACUCGCCGCAACCCUAACCACCAAACCCACAGCCGCCACCACCACCAUCGCCACACACACCUCCUCCUCCUCCUCAUCCUCAACCCCAAAAUCCCUCUCCUCCUAUUUCCCACCAAACUCCGUUGAAAUCCUCAAGAUUUACCAGAUCGUCUACCAAGCUUGUCCAUACAUCAAAUUCGCCCACUUCACCUCAAACCAAGCCAUCUUCGAAGCCUUCGAAGCCGAAGAACGAGUUCACGUCAUCGAUUUAGAUAUCCUCCAGGGAUACCAAUGGCCAGCUUUCAUGCAAGCGUUAGCCGCCCGACCCGGCGGAGCUCUCUUUUUGAGGAUUACCGGAGUUGGGUACCCGAUCGAGUCCGUCAGGGAAACGGGUCGGUGUUUGGCCGAGUUAGCUCAGUCUCUACACAUCCCAUUCGAGUUCCACCCAAUCGGUGAGCCACUGGAGGAGAUAAAACCCCACAUGUUUAAUCGACGAGUGGGCGAGGCUCUCGCCGUCAACGCCGUCAACCGGCUCCACCGAGUUCCGGGAAACUGUCUCGGCAACCUUCUAGCAAUGAUACGUGACCAAGCGCCGAACAUUGUUACAGUCGUUGAGAAAGAAGCUAACCAUAACGGACCUUACUUCUUAGGCCGGUUCCUUGAAGCUCUACAUUACUACUCGGCGAUUUUUGACUCGUUGGACGCGACAUUUCCGCCGGAUUCGGCGCAGAGAGCGAAGGUAGAGCAGUAUAUAUUUGCGCCGGAGAUAAGGAAUAUUGUGGCGUGCGAAGGAGCGGAGAGGAUCGAUAGACACGAGAGGUUGGAGAAGUGGAGGAAGAUAAUGGAAGGAAAAGGGUUUAAAGGGGUUCCACUCAGUGCGAACGCGGUGACUCAGUCGAAGAUCUUACUGGGUUUGUACUCGUGUGAUGGAUACAGGUUGACGGAAGACAAGGGUUGCUUGCUUUUAGGAUGGCAAGACAGAGCUAUUCUUGCUGCCUCUGCAUGGCGAUGUUGA